GCAGUGCAGCGGUUUCAUUCGAGUACCAAGUGUCGAGCCGUGAUGACAGCUUCAGUUCGCAUCGUUAACUUCAUUGUUUGAGCUUCUCGUUGCUGUUGUUGUUGUUGCUGUUGUGAACUUUAAAUGUUGAAAAAUAUUCUGUCGCGAUUUUGUCGUUCUGUUUUUAUCUAAAAUUGUGAAAAAUAAUUUUGAUCUGUGUAAACAAUAUUAAAUUUUUUGAAUUUUUGCCACUGGUGUGUGUGACCGUCAAAAACUUUCGCGUCAUUGUUUUCGCAUAUUUAAGAAACGUUUAAGCGGUUUUUCACACCUGCUUUUACAAUUUUUUCUUAUAACAUUUUUAAGUUUUUUAAUAAAAUAUAAAAUAUAUUUGGAAUACGCACGUGUAGGCUGAUAUUCAUAAAUGCAUAACCUUUGUUAAUUUUGUUGAGAUUUCAUAUUUAAAUAAUUUUUCUGUUCUUGCUUAUUAAAAUCGUGCUUUUUUCAUAAAAAUUUGUCUUUAACUAAGAACUCAAACGCCAUUUUGUUGCAAAAUAUAUAUAAAAAACAAUUUUUUUACAAACUACUGCUGCCUAUAAAGCCAGCAACUGUUUUGCAAAACAGUUGUUCUCCUAAGCUGUGAUUUAUACCAGUUGAGUUUUAUGUUUGUCUCAAACGUUAUAUGAGUUUAUCGAAGAAUUGAAAAUUGUUAGAAAAAAAUUGGCAGACGAGUGGAUUAAGUCAACUGAGACAAAAUGGUCAGCAACACACUCAGAAUAUCGGAAAAAGCGCCGCUAAAAUAUCCCAAAUCUGUGGGAUUCAUCAUUAGCAAUGAGUUUUGUGAACGUUUCAAUUAUUAUGGCAUGCGAACGAUCUUGGUACUUUAUCUCACCAGUAAAUUGCACUACGAUGACGACACUUCAACGGUGCUCUUUCAUGUGUUCACAAUGCUGGUCUACUUAUGUCCACUUGUCGGAGCCAUUAUUGCCGACAGUUGGUUGGGAAAAUUUAAAACAAUUCUUUACCUGUCCAUUGUUUAUGCCAUUGGCGGUGUAAUUAUUGCCCUAGGAGCAGUUCCACCACUGCAAUUGCCAGUAAAGGAGGCUACCAUAAUUGGUCUCGUAUUGAUAGCUGUUGGUACCGGUGGUAUAAAACCUUGUGUUUCGGCUUUCGGUGGAGAUCAGUUUCGAUUGCCUGAGCAAGCUAAACAAUUGGCCACAUUCUUUUCGUUAUUCUAUUUUGCCAUCAAUGCAGGUUCAAUGAUAUCAACCUCUCUUACACCGAUACUGCGUCAAGAUGUUCACUGCUUUGGUGACAAAGAUUGUUUCUCUUUAGCAUUUGGUGUGCCGGCCGUACUGAUGUUGUUAUCAGUUGUAAUAUUUGUUGCCGGCAAGAAGUUAUACACCAUGAAACCACCGGCAGGUAAUAUGAUAUUCGGUGUUUCGAAGUGUAUUUCCGAUGCCAUUGGAGGUUGGCGACGUGAACGUAAAACUAAUCCUAGAAAACACUGGCUUGAUUAUGCCGAAGCUGCGUCUGGUCUGAAAAUGGUCUCCGACACAAAAACCCUACUAAAGAUUUUAGUUUUAUAUUUACCAUUUCCAGUAUUUUGGGCAUUAUUCGAUCAACAAGGUUCACGUUGGACUUUUCAAGCCACACGCAUGGAUGGUGAACUUUAUGGUUAUACCAUAAAACCAGAUCAAAUGCAAGUUAUCAAUCCAUUAUUGAUUUUGGGAUUCAUACCGCUCUUUGAUUACGUAUUUUAUCCAAUACUUUCCAAAAUUGGCAUUCGUCGUCCAUUACAGAAAUUGACUUUGGGUGGUUUAUUAGCAGCUGUAGCUUUUGGACUUUCGGCAUUUGUUGAGCUGAAAUUAGAAGCUGAGAAACCAAUCGUACCUGGACCAAUGGAUGCACAACUGCGUAUUUAUAAUGGCAUGCCUUGCGAUUAUCAUUUUAAGACUGAUUUACCUAUGGGACUGUCGGGUAAAAUAAAACCUUUAGAUGUGUGGCAAGAACUACAAAUUCCUGUCAUGAAGGAAAUGAAGUACAGGUAUAAUGCAACAACAGAUAAUGCCAAAUGCCAUAAUAUUUUUGGAGAACUGAAACUAAAACCAGGCAAAGCUAUAGGAUAUUUUAUAGCUGAUGAUCGUUUGCAUGAAUUUGAGGAUUAUCCCACAAAGCCAAAACUUGGUAACCCUGCUGUACGUGUGUUGCUUAAUAUACCUAGCUAUGAAGGUCUUAUGCAAAUAAGGGAUCCAACAGGUGAAAACACUAAACUCACAGCUUAUGAUGCCUCAAAGUUGGUGAAUGUAGCGGCGGGGGAAAGCACAAUUGUAAUUAAUGGCAAAACUGCAGCUAAUAUAACAACUAAAGGAGGUGGCGUAUACGCUCUUGUGAUUAAUAGCGAUUCAAUGUCAUCGUUUAUAUCAAAAGCACAUGUUGUGGUGGCACCAAAUCAGGUCCACAUGAUGUGGCAAUUACCACAGAUUAUUGUUAUUACGGCCGCAGAAAUUAUGUUCUCCGUUACUGGUCUGGAGUUCUCCUUCACUCAAGCGCCGCAGAGCAUGAAGUCUGUGUUACAGGCUUGUUGGUUACUUUCUGUAGCUAUUGGAAAUAUGCUGGUCGUUGUUAUAGCUGAACUUAAGUUCUUUGAAUCUCAGGCCGCUGAAUUUGCACUGUUUGCCGGACUUAUGAUAGUUGAUAUGUUCAUUUUUAUGUUACUCGCUAUGGGCUAUACAUACGUUCAACAUCCGGAUGAUCCAGAACAUGGUCAUGUAGAGGAAACAUCCAAGAGUAACACUAAUGGUAAUGCAAACCGUGUAAGAAAUGCUGGACAUUCCAAUGCUGCUUUUGAUGAUAACGAAAAGUAGUACUUGAAAAUGAUAAGUUUGAGUUCAAUGAUUUCUUUCUGGCAUUAUUUCUGGAUUUGAAAAUCAUAAAUCAUAAUUUGGCGCUGUGAUGUACUUAAAUCUGCACAACUCGUUUAUUUUGUAUAUUUUGUUGUAUUUUAUUUUAUAUAUCAAAAAAUUC